GGGAGGAAGUAGCUGUCGUGUAGCCGGUUGUUGUUGAUGUUUCUUGAAGAAGGAAAAGACACCGCAGGAUGGACAUGACCACGUGUUUGAAGUCUCUGUUACUGGCUAUCCAGCAGUACAGAGCAGGCAGGACAGCGCAGAACGCAGCGCAGCUACAGAAACAAGUGGAGGAAGUUUCAGGUCUCAGAUGUGACCAGCUGCUGUCCUCAGGCCAGCUUCUGCCCAAUGAGUGUGUGAGUGGGCUGGUGGAGCUGGCUGGAAACCCAAAUACCAGCCUGACCCUGACAAGCUCCAUCAUCUCUCUGCUGGCACAGCUAGCCUGUGAUGAUAACAGUCGAGAGAUUCUUCACAGCAGCUACAACCUCACCAGCACCCUGGCCUCUGUCAUCCACUGCCACAGCGCCACACCAGGAGAACCCCUGGUACUGCAGUGUUUGCAGGUGCUGCAGAAACUGACUUACAACACUCGCAUCUUCCAGUCUACAAACUACAUCCAUGAGCUCAUCGCUUUUCUCGUGACCAACAUCCAGUCUCACAAUGACGAGCUCAUCAUGCCAUGCCUCGGCCUCAUGGCCAACCUGUGUCGUGACAACCACUCAAUGCAGAGUCACAUCAGGUCUCUGGACAAUGUGAAACCGUUCUAUCGUACUCUGAUCAGCUUUCUGGCUCACAACAGUCUGACGGUGGUGGUCUUCACGUUGUCCAUACUGGCCAGCCUCACUCUGAAUGAGAAGGUUGGAGAGAAGCUCUUCGAUGCAAAGAACAUCCAUCAGACUUUCCAGCUUGUGUUCAACAUCAUCGUGAACGGCAACGGUACUCUGACACGAGAAUACUCUGUUGACCUUUUGGUUGACCUGUUGAAGAACCCUAAGAUAGCAGAUUACCUCACUAGGUAUCAGCACUUCUCAGCAUGUGUGUCUCAGGUUUUAGGACUGUUGCAAUCAAAAGACCCGGACUCUGCAGCAAAGGUGUUAGAGCUUCUCCUGGCCAUGUGCAGUGUCUCAGGGCUGCGUUCGCUGCUGUGCGAGGUGGUUUUCAGACCAGCGGGACCCAAACUCAGAGCAGCGGGCUGCAGACAGGGGACGGGACUGGAUGCCGGACGCAAAGCGGAGUCUGGGCUUGCCCUGGUGCAGUGGCUGAGUUCGCCUGUGGACGGCGCUGAAUCCUGCUCGCUUCAGGCCCUGCAGCUGUUGAAUGAGCUGCUGGAGGAGGCGCUGGGGGCAGAGAGUGUGUCUGACUGCGUGCUGAGCUUCAUAGAAAUGUUGCUUCCAGUCCUGCUAGGGCUACUGCAGGGCCCCGAUCCUGCACAGGGAGACGCUCACAUAAGAAAACACUGCCGCCGCAUCACACAUGUCACCAGUCUGCUGCUGAUCAUGUGCGCUGAGGACUCCACCAGACCUGUAGUGUCCCGUCAGGUGAGCGCUCAGCUCUGCCUCUCGCAGGUUGAAGCUCUCCUCUCCUGUUGUCAUGGCAACAGCCCCCUCAGCUGCCCCCCUCCUGGCUCUGACUGCGAUCUAACUCAGGUGUGUGCAGAAGCGCUGCUGAGGACUCUGGAGCUAAUGAGCAAACUGAGGCAGCAGGUGAAGGACAUGGAGACCAGCUUCUAUAGGAUUUUACAGGACCAGCGGAUCGUGACCCCCAUCUCUCUGGCCCUGACAUCCCACCACAGAGAGCGUGUGCAGAUUGGACUCUCCCUGUUGUUUGAAGCCACCCCCCUCCCAGACUUCCCCUCGCUGGUUCUGGGAGAAAGUAUCGCUGCCAACAACGCCUAUCGCCAGAGGGAGGCUGAGCUGUCCGUCAAACGUGUUGCGGUGCAGGAAGUCCCGCCUUCCAGCAUACUGGACUGCUCCAAUGGUUCCAGUGGUCCCAGUAGGAGUGUCCACAGUCUGGCUGAGAAGAUACAGAAUGGCUUGGAGCUACAGGAACACGUUAAGAACUCACACGUGUCUGAGAUCAUCGACGUUUACGAACAGAAGAUCUCAGCGUUUGCGUCGAAGGAGAAUCGACUGCAGGACUUGUUGGAGGCAAAGGCUCUGGCUCUUUCUCAGGCCGACCGUCUCAUCGCUCAGUUUCGAUUCCAACGAGCUCAAGCUGAGGCUGAGGCCUGUAAGCUGGGCUCUCUGCUGAAGGAGUCGGAGCGACGCCGCGAGGACCUGCAGGGCGAGCUGAGCGGUCAGGUGCUGGAGGUGGAGCGCUCCAAGGCCGACAUGGAGGAGCUGCUGCAGCACAACGCCAGGCUGCAGCAGGACUCAGAGGAACACCAGGCCCUCAAAGGAGCCUACAACACCCUGCUCAACAGGUUCAACGAGAGCGAGCGGCUGCUGAAGGAGCUGCAGGCGGCUCACAUCUCGCUCACCAAACAGAACGACGCUCUGAGGAAGAGCAGCGAAGCACUGCAACUGCAGAACGAAAAGAUGGCGUCAGUGUUGGAGGAGAGAGAGGCGGAGGUCACAUCCCUCCAUUCGGAUCUGCAGCAGAAGAACAGUGACAUCGCAGCUCUGCAGGGUGAACUGAGGGCUGAGGAGGAGAAGCUGCAGGAAAAGGACCGUGAGAGGAGAGACCUGGAGGAGACGGUGGACGUGUUGAGGAAGGAACUGAACAAGACGGAGCAGGCCAGGAAGGAUGCCAGCAUCAAGGCGUCGUCUCUGGAGCUGCAGAAGAGUCAGCUGGAGGCGAAGCUGAAGCAGAAGGAGGACGAGCUGAACAAACACUCUGCGAUGAUCUCCAUGAUCCACAGCCUCAGCAGCAGGAAGAUCAAGUGUGACGUCGACCUGUCGCUCUGAGGGACGAUGCGCUAAAAUGGUCGACGAAUAAAAACUUUAUGGACAUUGAUUUUAAUUUUUAAACUCACAAGUUUUUUUUAAUCUUUCACGUAAUAAAACAUCAUUAAUAAAAUAUACCAAAUUAAACUUAUGUUUUUAAAGUCAGUUUUAGGAGAGUGAAAUCCUUGUAUGUGUCAUGUAUGUGUUUUUGUUUGAUAAAUAAAUGAUGGAUCUCUAGUUCGUCCAGAUAAAACGUGUGAGUGUGCCUUGGGUAACGAGUCGUAGCUGAUACAAUGCAUUUUUGGAGCUAACAUGCUAACUGGAGCGACACGUGUCACAGAUUGUACUUCAGUGCAGUACUUGAGUAAAUACACUUGCUUUCCA